GCAUUAAAGAGAAGUGAGAUAUUUUACACUAUAUAACACAACAGGAGCUGAUUCUGCUUAUAUUCUUUAUAGUUUGUGCUCUCCUUGGAUGUUUAAAGGUGAUCCUAAAGGUUUUCUCAAGGUGUUAAGGACACUGGUGUGGAGGUUGGAAGUUUAAGUUUCCGCUCUGUUUCUGACCCACCUCUGCUCCCUCACCUGCAGCGUGCCCACCUUUAUCUGGGCCUUAUAAAUACUAAAUAAGAGAUAACGCAUGCAUCACACUCUGGGGCGACAUCCAGGGUACAACUUUUACUGUAAAGAAGAAUGAAACAGAGCACGAGACGCUAACACAAACCUGAAAGAGUCUCAAAGUAUUUGUGGAGGGAAAGGAGAGAGGAGAUACAUACAUUGAAUUUGAUUGAUUCAACAUGGCCACCUUGAAGGAGAAGAGGACCUGUGGGCAGCGAUGUGAAGACUUUGGCCGCUUUGUCUGGAACUCAGACAAUGGGACAUUUAUGGGCAGAACACCAGAGAAAUGGGUGUACAUCAGUCUGUAUUAUGUGGCCUUCUACGUGGUGAUGACGGCCCUCUUUUCUCUGGCCAUCUGGGUGCUCAUGUACACUCUGGAUCCGUACGCGCCUGAUUACCAAGACCGGUUAAAAUCGCCGGGGGUGAUGGUGUGGCCGGACACGUACGGAGAGGAGAUUGUUGAAAUCAACUACAACACAUCAGACAAGGCCAGCUGGAUGAAGAUGUCCAACAUCCUCCAUAAGUUCCUGAAACCGUACAACGACACCCUGCAACAGGAAUGCAACACCUACAACUGCACAAAGGGAAAGUACUUCAUCCAGAAGACCUUUUCUGCCCCCCAUCACACCAAGUGGGCAUGCCCUUUCACGCAAAGCAUGCUGGGACCGUGUUCAGGCCUCGAGGACCCCACCUUUGGGUACAACUGCACCAUGCCUUGUGUUGUCAUUAAAAUGAACCGGGUUAUUGACUUUUUGCCAUCCAAUAUAACUGGUGUUGCACCUUAUGUCAACUGCACUGUACUGGAGGGAUGUGACAAUGUGGAAAAAAUCGAGUAUUUCCCUGCAAAUGGAAACAUGGAUCUCUCCUACUUCCCUUACUAUGGAAAGCUGGCGCAGCCUACCUACGUCAACCCGCUGGUGGCUGUUCGCUUCAACCUGGUUGGAAAGAAAUACGCCAAGAUCCAGUGCAGAGUGGUUUCUGACAAAAUCAGCUACCAAAACUUCCAUGACCCCUAUGAGGGAAAAGUCAUCUUCUACCUCAAAGCAAUGAAAUGACGCAACAGGAGGGAGGAUAGAUCCUCAAUAAUCAUCAGCAGUUCACGGAACACAAUGCAGAAAUGACUUGAUUUACUAUCUAACAACCUUUUACAGUGAAAAAAAUCUAAAUCUUACCAAGCAUGUUUUUCC